GAAGGUGUACGACGUAUGUGUUACGCACAGCUGUUAUCAGUACGAAAUGUGAGGAACUAUCUGGCAAACGAAAAUGUGAUCGCGCUAAUCAGAAAGAAAACCAUUUGGUCGACAACCAUUGUGGUCGUUUUACUCAAUCGUGUCCAAGCAAUAAUACUUUAACCAUCCAAUGAGUAGAAUUUCGCGUAGAAUAGUGACACUUCAUUUUAUCGAAAUUUUAGCGAAAACCGGUUACUUAUUUGCGUCUGUCAGUGCUAAUUCGCUGUGGAAAUCGUCGUGAACCGUGUCGAGGUCAUUUUUGUUGUUUUCUUUUGCACAUAUCUUCAGAACACCACAUCGGUGUAAUUGUGGAUUUCCCGUUGUUUUGAGCUUUAUACAUACCGAAACAUUUCGUACCAUCGCGACAGUGUGUUCCCUGAGGCGUAGAAGGAGAGAUGUUGUCGCGUAGUGCGCUUUAUGCAACCAGGUUCCCAUCAAAAUUGGCCCCAAAGCGAAUAUUAGCCGUCGGUAGUAGAUCAAAUGUCAUCAUCAGAUUAGCUAGCAGUGAAUCCUGUGGAACCGGCAGAGACGAAGAACCUUCCAAAAGCGGUUACAGUUUACUUGCAACCACGGCAACCUUGCUUGGAGGCUCACUGCUAUCCUAUUGGAUAAUAAAGAAACUCAAAAAUCAGGCUACAGUUGUGUACACCAAAGAAGCAACAUCUUUGAAAACGGCGGCUAAUCAAACGCAGGACAUCAGCAAGGCACACAAUGAUUUGCGUAAAGACCUACCGGUUUACACGUUGGAUGAGAUUAGCAAACACAACUCGCCACAGGCUGGCAUUUGGGUAACGUACGGCAUUGGCGUAUAUGAUAUUACCUCCUUUGUGCCGAAGCAUCCCGGCAGCGAUAAGGUGAUGCUUGCCGCAGGUAGCGCAAUCGAUCCAUUCUGGCACAUCUACCAGCAGCACAACACCGAGCAAAUUCUCAAUCUCCUGGAAUCUUUCCGAAUCGGCAAUUUGAAGGAAGAGGACGUUGUAAGCACCAAAGAUCAGGGCAAUCCAUGGGCAGCAGAACCGAAGCGGCAUCCUAUCCUGAAGGCAACCGCACAAAAACCAUUUAAUGCGGAACCUCCGCCCUCGGUGUUGGUCGAUAGCUUCCUCACGCCAAAUGAGUUCUUUUACGUGAGAAAUCACCUCCCGGUGCCGGAGAUUGACAUCAAAGAAUACGAACUGAAUGUAGAGAUCGAGCUGAAUGGCAAAAAUAAAACUGUAAAGUUUGAUGAUUUAAAAAAGUUUCCUAAACACACAGUAACGGCCACAAUCAUGUGUGGAGGUAACCGCCGUGGGGAGAUGAUGGAUAUCAACCCAAUCAAAGGUCUCCCAUGGGGAUCAUCCGCCGUUGGCAAUGCUAAGUGGAGCGGAGUUCGACUAGCAGACCUGUUGAGAGAAAUGGGUGUUGAGUCGGAUGAGAUCAGUCACGUACACUUCGAAGGAUUGGAUACCGAUCCAACUUACACGCCGUACGGAGCGUCAAUUCCUCUAUCGAAAGCAAUGGAUCCUCGUGGUGAUGUGAUUUUAGCAUAUGAAAUGAAUGACCAACCGUUAAAUCGAGACCACGGGUAUCCUGUCAGAGUCAUCGUACCCGGUGUCGUUGGUGCUCGGAACGUCAAGUGGUUGGGCAGAAUCGUAGUCUCCAAAGUGGAGUCGGAUUCUCAUUGGCAGAAAAACGACUACAAGUCUUUCAGCCCAAGUACCGAUUGGGAUACGGUUGAUUUCGAGACGGCACCAGCCAUCCAAAACAUGCCGGUUACAUCCGCCAUUUGCAGUCCUGCGAAUGGGGAACAGGUAAAAUCAGAAAAUGGAUUCAUUACUGUAAAAGGGUACGCUUGGUCUGGUGGUGGCCAAGAAAUUAUUCGGGUCGAUCUAACGGUCGAUGGUGGAAACAGUUGGACAGUUGCUGAGUUGGAUAACGUCGAGAAGGGUACUGGCAGAGGUAGGCACUGGUCGUGGUCCCUGUGGACGGCUAAAAUACCCGCUAAACCAGGCCAGAAGCUGGAAAUUUGGGCUAAAGCUGUUGAUGAUAACUACAACUUGCAACCGGAAUCGUUUAAAAAUAUUUGGAAUUUAAGGGGUGUUGUUGGUAAUGCUUACAGUCGUGUUAAAGUCAUUGUUAAGUAGAUGAAAGCAAUAAAACAAACUUGACAAACGUGGUUCAAAAAGGUAA